UGUUUUCAAGUCAGCAAACAUUUACUGAGCAUCUACUAUGUACAAGAUGAACAUCUGCAACAAGCCCUCCAACAAGACAGCCCCUGAGAAGAGUGUGUGGACAGCGCCUGCACAGGCCCGCAGACCGUCCCCCGAGCUGCAGGGCCAGCGGUCGCGCCGGAAUGGGUGGAGCUGGCCCCCUCACCCUCUCCAGAUUGUGGCUUGGCUGCUGUACCUCUUCUUUGCUGUCAUUGGCUUUGGGGUCCUUGUUCCCCUCCUGCCUCACCACUGGGUGCCCGCUGGCUAUGCUUGCAUGGGCGCCAUCUUUGCCGGCCACCUCGUGGUUCACCUGACCGCUGUCUCCAUCGAUCCAGCAGAUGCCAAUGUGCGGGACAAGAGCUAUGCAGGGCCCCUGCCCAUCUUCAACCGCAGCCAACAUGCACACGUCAUUGAAGAUCUGCACUGCAACCUGUGUGAUGUAGAUGUGAGCGCUCGCUCCAAGCACUGCAGCGCCUGCAACAAGUGCGUGUGCGGUUUUGACCACCACUGCAAGUGGCUCAACAACUGCGUGGGCGAGAGGAACUACCGGCUCUUUCUACACAGUGUGGCAUCUGCCUUACUGGGUGUCCUGCUCCUCGUGCUGGUGGCCACUUAUGUCUUUGUGGAGUUCUUUGUCAACCCCAUGCGGCUGCGCACCAAUCACCACUUUGAAGUGCUGAAGAAUCACACAGAUGUGUGGUUUGUGUUCCUGCCCGCUGCCCCUGUGGAGACACAGGCUCCUGCCAUCCUGGCCCUGGCCGCCCUACUCAUCCUUCUGGGCCUGCUUUCCACAGCCCUGCUGGGCCACCUGUUCUGCUUCCACAUUUAUCUCAUGUGGCACAAGCUCACCACCUAUGAGUACAUCGUGCAGCAUCGCCUGCCACAGGAGGCAAAGGGGGCCCACAGGGAGCUCGAGUCAUGUCCCCCCAAGAUGCGGCCCAUUCAGGAGAUGGAGUUCUACAUGCGGACCUUCAGCCACGUGCGCCCAGAACCCCCUGGCCAGGCCAGGCCUGCCACAGUGAAUGCCAAAGACUCGGGCUCUGCCCUCCCGGAUCCAACCCCAGGUAAGGGGAACUGUGCUGGCCUCCUUGCCCAGGAGGAAGAGGAUGGAAAGAAGCCUCUACCUUGCCCCACUCCUCUGCUUCUUUGGGCGAUGUGCAGUCUAAGGGGCGCUCAGGUUCUCCCCUCUCUCUGCAGAAAAAGAGGAAGCGUCGUGUGUAUAAGGUGCCAACGUCUGGGACCUUGGACCCUGAAUCGCCGCUGCCCAGGCUGCCGGUGCCUUGGGCCCCAGGCCGCAGCUCCAGCUCGCCAUCGGACUCCGCGGGCGUCAGCCCAGUGCACGCCGCUGGGCCUGCAGGCGCCUACCACUCGGCGUUAGCCGAGUCCAUGGACGAGAUUCCAGUGGCCCAGACGCGCCUGGGCAGCGCCGCUCUGGCCGCCCCAGGGGGCAGGGGCCGAGAGACCGGGCUGGCGCUGCAGGUGCGUGCACCCGCGGUUUUCGUCAGCCCGAGCAGCGGCGAGCCCGGAGCGCGGGGCGGCCGGGAGGCCGGCCUGGCUUAGUCGGGUGUAGAGGCAGGAGGGCCAAGGAGGAGCGGCCAGCCGGAUUCUCUAUGCAACACCCCCACCCUCGCCGCACCGAGUGCACUUUAGGAGCCCCUGCGGUCGGCGGGUCCCUUCCCCCAAGACUCAGCAAUACCCGCCCCACCGGCCAUGAUGCUCCAAUAAACUUUUUUUU